UGUUUGGGUCCCUGGAGACGCCGCCGGCCCCCAGGGAGGCAGUGGGGCUGAGGACCCUACAGACCCCUCUUCAGCCCCGUGGUGAUGACUUUCCUCUGAGGAAGCCCUGUAGCGUGCCUGGAGGAAGGGGCUCUCCAACCCCAGCCCCACCUAGCCACCAUGAACACCUCAGCCCCACCUGCUGUCAGCCCCAACAUCACCGUCCUGGCACCAGGAAAGGGUCCCUGGCAAGUGGCCUUCAUUGGGAUCACCACGGGCCUCCUGUCGCUAGCCACAGUGACAGGCAACCUGCUAGUACUUAUCUCUUUCAAGGUCAACACGGAGCUCAAGACAGUCAAUAACUACUUCCUGCUGAGCCUGGCCUGUGCUGACCUCAUCAUCGGUACCUUCUCCAUGAACCUCUACACCACGUACCUGCUCAUGGGCCACUGGGCUCUGGGCACGCUGGCUUGUGACCUCUGGCUGGCCCUGGACUAUGUGGCCAGCAAUGCCUCCGUCAUGAAUCUGCUGCUCAUCAGCUUUGACCGCUACUUCUCCGUGACUCGGCCCCUGAGCUACCGCGCCAAGCGCACACCCCGCCGGGCAGCUCUGAUGAUCGGCCUGGCCUGGCUGGUUUCCUUUGUCCUCUGGGCCCCAGCCAUCCUCUUCUGGCAGUACCUGGUAGGGGAGCGGACAGUGCUAGCUGGGCAGUGCUACAUCCAGUUCCUCUCCCAGCCCAUCAUCACCUUUGGCACAGCCAUGGCUGCCUUCUACCUCCCUGUCACAGUCAUGUGCACGCUCUACUGGCGCAUCUACCGGGAGACAGAGAACCGAGCACGGGAGCUGGCAGCCCUUCAGGGCUCCGAGACGCCAGGCAAAGGGGGUGGCAGCAGCAGCAGUUCAGAGAGGUCUCAGCCAGGGGCUGAGGGCUCACCAGAGACUCCUCCAGGCCGCUGCUGUCGCUGCUGCCGGGCCCCCAGGCUGCUGCAGGCCUACAGCUGGAAGGAAGAAGAGGAAGAGGACGAAGGCUCCAUGGAGUCCCUCACAUCCUCAGAGGGAGAGGAGCCUGGCUCCGAAGUGGUGAUCAAGAUGCCAAUGGUGGACCCCGAGGCACAGGCCCCCACCAAGCAGCCCCCACGGAGCUCCCCAAAUACAGUCAAGAGGCCGACUAAGAAAGGGCGUGAUCGAGCUGGCAAGGGCCAGAAGCCCCGUGGAAAGGAGCAGCUGGCCAAGCGGAAGACCUUCUCGCUGGUCAAGGAGAAGAAGGCGGCUCGGACCCUGAGUGCCAUCCUCCUGGCCUUCAUCCUCACCUGGACGCCGUACAACAUCAUGGUGCUGGUGUCCACCUUCUGCAAGGACUGUGUUCCCGAGACCCUGUGGGAGCUGGGCUACUGGCUGUGCUACGUCAACAGCACCAUCAACCCCAUGUGCUACGCACUCUGCAACAAAGCCUUCCGGGACACCUUUCGCCUGCUGCUGCUUUGCCGCUGGGACAAGAGACGCUGGCGCAAGAUCCCCAAGCGCCCUGGCUCCGUGCACCGCACUCCCUCCCGCCAAUGCUGAUGGUCCCCUCUCCUGCAUCCCUCCACCCCAGUCCCUGGGAAAGGCCGGUGGGAAGAGGGCAGGGGCUGCAUCCUCAGCCCCAGGGCCCUGCUCAGGCCUCGCCUGGCUUCCCAGGCCCCUGGGUCACCUUCCUGGGCAGCCCAGAGAGACCCUGCCAACUUUCCAGACUUCGCUAUUCCCAGGCAGGGAGGGAAACCCGGGGAACUGGUUUUUCUGUUCCCUGCUGGGUGGGAAUGCGCUCUUCACCAGGAAGAAGGCCCGGGAGGAGGAUCCGGGCUUUGGACUCCUUGUUUGCCUUUAGGCAGGAAGUCAGGAGCCAGCAGGGCAGGCCAGGAGAAAGAAGGCUUAACAUUAAGUAUUCCUGGGCCCAGCGGCGGCCCGGAUUGUGGUGUGAGAUGGUGCCCCCUGGGGGGCACAGCCAGAAACUGAACUGGCCACUGGGAGAAAAGCCUGAUGACAGGGAGCUGGGGAAUCCCCUCGCUUUGUAGGCAGAGCCCGCCCACCUGGGCCCUAGGCAUACCCUCCAGGAUUGUCCAGACCCCCUACAAAUGUCCUCAGAGGGUCCCUAGGUGGGUCAACUCCAAGGCAAAUGUCUAAGCAUCAGCAAGACAAUGACACUGGAGGGGUCCGGCUUGGCUAGUCACAUAUCAAGUCCCAAGGCAGCAACAGGACCAGGAGCCAGGUGUCCUGACUGUCCUACGAUAUCAUUUUCCUGGGAGUGGGAGUCAAGUGUGCCUGCUAUCCAGCCCCAAAUCCAUACCCCCUGCCCCAGAGAAGCCUCAGUCCCUCCCUCCUGGCUCACAGCCACCACCUGGAUGGAUCUGCUCCAUGCAGAUCUAGCCAGGCCUCCCGCAUGCUGCCUGCCUCUGGCCCUGCCCCACACAGGCCUGGCCCAGCCAGCAGGUUCUCUCCUGUGAGCUCCCCAAUCCAACCCAUGCAUGGCCUCCCAGCCACCCGGAUCUCCAGGCCCAGCCUGGCCCCAAAUGUUCUUUCCUUUCAUCCUCAGCAAGUGCUGAGUCUGUGAAUAAAGCCACAUAACCAGCGGGCA